GUACCAUAAAUUCCUGCUAAAUUACAGGAAUUACAGCCAUGGGUGCUCAUUUUCGUGGAGAAAGCCACGGCUGUCAGUGUAUGUGUAAAUAAAAAAAAGGCCUCUGUUAUAUGCAGCGAUCAAAGGAAGGUUUGUAUGUCUGACUCUCUACUUUUUCUAUUUUUCCUCGCCUUGCCGGGCUACUGGGAGCCGCUGUCCUCGGCCGCCAGCCCCGCGCCAGCCCUGCCCGCUCUCGGCCGCUUUUCCUGGAAAGCGGGGCAGGAGAGGGGGCGGGCAGCGCCGGAUCCCGCGGAAGCCUCGCUUUCCCCGAGCCCCUUUCCUUUGGCUCUGCUCUGGGUCUUUCCCGGCCAGGCGGGGAGGAGAACGCCCGCCCCCCGCGGGGCCGCCAGGGGAACAUCUGGGCGGCCGCGCCGCAAACAUCUGGAGCGGCCGCGGCGCAUCCCCGGGGGCCGCAGCUGCAGGGUCCUGCCCCCGGCGCUGCCCGGGCCGGCAGCGAGACCCCCCGGAGGAGGGGGAAGGAAGGAAGGAAGGAAGGAAGGCGGAGAAGGGGCUGCGAGGGAGGGCGCGGCACAGGUAUUGCCUAGCAGAAAACCAUGGGAAAUUUCAAAGGGCAUGCCCUCCCUGGAAGCUUUUUCCUUCUUUUUGGCUUGUGGUGGUCAGUGAAGUAUCCACUGAAGUAUGCCUGUCGAAAAAACAAGAACGCUUGCUACCUUGGCUCCAGGGCAGGAUUCCAGCGCCUGGAGUUUGUUGAGGGCAUCAUCAAAGCUGUCUUUGCCCUCAUUGGGAUGGUGGCUGAGCAGUUUGUUCCUGAUGGACCUCAUCUGAAGCUGUACAACUACGAGAAGAAGCACUGGGAUCACCUGAUGAACUGGCAGCAUGCCACCAUGUAUCUCUUCUAUGGCAUUUCAGGGCUGGUGGACAUCGUGGCUCACGGGACCAACGCGCUGCCAGCGGCCAUGGACAGGAUGAUGCUCUCCUUAGCAGUCUUCAUUGAAGGUUUUCUCUUCUGCUACCAUCUUCAUGGGAGGGCCAUGCUGGAUGUUCAUGUUCAUCAGUUACUGCUAUUUGCUAUCUUUGGAGCUGCUGCCUGCAUAUUUUUGGAAGUUUUUUUCCGGGGCAGUAUUGUGCUAGAGAUGCUCCGUACAAGCCUCUGCAUAUUACAGGGCAGCUGGUUCUGGCAGAUUGGCUUUGUGCUUUAUCCUCCAAAUGGAAGCCCAGAGUGGAAUCAGACAGAUCACACUAACAUGAUGUUCCUGACCAUGUGCUAUUGCUGGCAUUAUGCUUUUGCUUUUCUUAUACUUGCAGUGAAUUACACAAUUGUCAGCUGGGCGGUUCGUUCGAAGGUUAAGCAGUCCCAGUCCAUGGAAAUGGGUUUACUGAAAACAUCUGAACGAGAUCAUGAGUCAGAAGAAGAAAUUUAGCAUGUCUUGACCAGUUUGCCCACUCCAACUAUUAGGCUAAUUGAUACCUCAUUUCUACAUUUUUUUGCCAUCUUAUUCAUUUUUUGACUAUGACUUGCUUUGCAAAUAUCAAUCCCCUAUGAUGUCUACAUCUACA